AUGUCCAAGAGAUAUCGCCAACUCCUACCCGUGCCCCCUAGCGAAAGUUCACCUCCCAACUCACAACCUUCUGCCUCCUCCAGCGACGAGCCUCUUAAGCGACAACGAAUCGGUACACAGCUCGCGUGCAACUCGUGCCGCAAGAGGAAGGUUCGUUGCAAUGGAAGAAAGCCACUCUGCGAAGCUUGCUCGCGACGAGGCGAGAAGGAACCAUGUGUCUACGUAGAGAAUCGAAUCAUCGGCCAGACAAGCAGAGAGACAGAGCAGAUUCUCGAAUUAUUCGACAUGAUGAAAACGAGAUCCGAGUCACAAGCCAUCGACAUUCUCCGAGUUUUACGAUGCCACAACGACCUGGAUACCGCCAUGGCAAUAAUCCAGCCACGAAUAGCACAACACGUUAUCGGUCAGGAACAGACUACUAGACACACUCGUUAUCUGGGCCUUGAGUCUGAACUUAUGGCAAGACACUCCCUUGCCUUCCCAGCACUCCAGCCUGCGGAGUCCAGUAUCCUAAAGAAAAUAUUCAACGCCGGCCGGGCAUCGAGUGUCGACAGCGACAACGACACUCUAAUGCCGAGCGAAUCACCCAACCCAUUCCCAGCGUAUAAUACCACACGAAGCCCCGGGCCCGAGUUGAGUUCCUGCGACGAGCGACUGGAGGAGUUGAAUAUUGGAUUUUGGUCUUCCGUGCCUAUUCCUUCCGACUUGGCUGCCAAGAUCAUAUCUCUAUAUCUGGAGACGGAUCAUCCUCUCCUGGGCUCCUUCGAUCCAACUUUAUUUUUGGAAGAUUUGGUUCGCUGCCGGACUCGCUACUGCAGUAAACUGCUAGUCAAUGCCCUUAUGUACUGGAGUUGUCAGAUGUACACUUCGAUUGAUUCUACUGCUAAGGAGUUUACACAACAGUUCUGUAAAGAAGCGGAGGAGCUUUGGUCGGUGGAAAAAUCCACGGAUUCUCUGCUGACCCUUGCCGCAACACAGUUACUGGGUUUGGCAUAUCUGGGAAACGGAAAGGAUCAUUAUGUCUUAACGUUCGUCUCCGAAGUCAACUCUAUGGGCACUCGACUGGGACUUUUUGGCAUCGAAACAAGCGUCGCAAUUUCAAAGGCAAAACAAGUGAGUCCUGAGCUGCAGAGUGCAACAUCCUACGCUGCCUGGGGCACCUUCAACUGGAUAGUGCUCAUGGCUUUGUUUUAUCAACAACCUGGCCUCUCAUAUCCCGAACAUCCGCCUGCGUUGCCAAUACCGGGGCACGCAUGGAAUCACUCCCCCGACGACAACUCCGAGUCUGCUCAGCAAACUUUACAGCAAACGUACAUGGGCGACACGUUUCCAGUUCUCUGUCGAUUUUGGAAAAUAAUGCAUGAGGUGACUUUGAAAUAUUAUCGUGAUCAGCCUGUCCCUCUUGAGGGCCUCAGCGGUCACAUUACCCUGGCAUUUGCUGAAUACAAAUACCGAGAGCUUAUAGCUUGGGCAGAGACACUGCCUACAUCCAUGAUGCGCUCAGAGCAAAGUCCGCAUCAUGUUUUGGUAUUUCAUAUAUGGUUACACGUCGCCAUCCUUUGCAUAUUACGUCCGUUUACAGCUCGAGCAAGAGACUCUCAUAAACCAUUGCGACUAAAGACGUUUCCUUGCAAACGAAGCUCGCCUGAUUCUGCUUAUAAAGCAUCAGUGAAUCAGCUUAAACGUCUUGUGGUGGUGUAUCGGGAGAGUCACACGUGUUCAUCGUACACGAUGUUAUGGCACACUGCCUUGAUCCACAUUGCGAAUGCAAUCCUUGGGGAAGCAAAAGAUCCUGCCUGGCGCUUUUACUUAUUCUUUUGCGUCCAAACUUACGGCGAACUGCGACGGUCUUUCAUUUUUGCUGAAACCAUUGGCCGAAGUAUAUUGUCCAUGGCACUUGAUCAAGGAGAUUUGUCAGCGGAUGAAGCUCGAAAACUAAUGGAGCAAUACGAGGAAAACAUAUUAAGUAACCCGGCGGAAGACAUAAGGGCUACAUUUAUGGCUGAUUUGAAUCUUGCCAUGACAGACCCCGGAACAGCGAGUGUAGAGAGCUUGUCUGGCCGGUUUGAGGACAUAGCAUUGUUCCGGGAGUUCACGAAUACAGGCGAAGCGGGCGAAGACGAGCCGAUGGAAUCAGAUGAUAACGCUUGGGAUGCGUUGUGA